AUGGCAGACUCAAAUCGUAGAACCCACAAACGAAGUCCUUCGUUUGAUCCAGGAAUAUACUUUUCACAGGAAGAUAGAUUCCCAGAAAAGACAUUGUCAUUUCAUCACCAGAUAUACGAACAUCGAUACAGGUUAUAUAGAGCGUAUGAAGCUGCAGUUCCUAAAACAAGUCCAGUUUCUGAUGAAGAUGACCAGGCUUGCUUUCUUGACUUUAUCGAUACUGUCUGUAUUGACAUGAGAAUUUCAUACGGACUAAGCAUGUAUUUGUUGCAUCUGUAUAUCUGCACCACCAUGUGGUCGCGAGUAUUCUAUUGCGUGCAGCCCUUUUCCACAGAUUUCUCAACCUUACAACACCUACUUCAAAAUACAACACCGUCUUCAUAUAUUGCAAGUAUAAUGUCAUAUUUUCUUCCAUGGAAAUGGCAACUUCCAUUUCUUCGCAUAUCAUGUUCAACACGUCCAUUCAUGUUUGUAGAUCUUCUAGACGAGAUUCAGCUCGUAUACUACCUUGCUGCCUUUAUUUCUUACCAUUUCUAUCCAGCCCUAGAUGCAUGGUUGGCUAUUUAUGGAAUGCAUUUGAUCAAUGGUAUGCUGUGUAUGGCAUUCUGGUUUGGAGAUCCGACCCGAUCAGCCCAAUGGACACUAUCGGGCCACGCAAAUACUUCGACAGGCUACUUUGGAUCGUGGAAUGCACUCUAUACUCCCUUGAUCAUGUGGUGGGUUUACCUUUUAGGACGUCGUAACUACAUGGGAAUAUUAAGCUGGCAGCAUAUGGAACGUAUUGAAAUGCAGAAACGGAUGCAUGCCAGUAUCGAUGCCGAAAUCUCCAAAACAAGUCAGCAUGAAUUCACCAAGUCUGAGCUACAUAGUAUUUUCAUCAAUCGACUAGUUGGAGCAACUGAAUCUUGGGUGUAUUUUAUUUGGUCUUAUGUUGCACCAGUUAUUGUACCUUUAUUGUGGCGUUGUGUGUUAAGACCCAAUGUGCCAGAAGUUGAUGACUUGUCUGAAAAAACGCCGUGGAUAUGGACAAUGGUUUUAUCGGUGAUGUGUACGUUUGCGUUGAGGUUGUGGGUGUCAUUUUUGAGUUUUCAGAUGCAGUGUGUAACCUGGUUCGUUCCGUACGUGUCAGGAUUUGUGAUUAACAAGUUUGAAAAAUCGGUUAGUAUUGGUAUAAUAUAUUGA